UUAGCAUGGCAUUCACGCUGCCAUUUUGGGAAAUCCAAAGCCGGCAUCCUUUCCGUUGAGUCUGCUGAAUUUAAACUGAAACUUUUCCUUGUUCAAUUUUUGUAGUGAUUGUUUACGUUAGUCAGAUACAAAUCCUGUAGUGGUAGAUAGUGGGUGUUUGGUGUAAUUAUAUAGUUUGCUAGAACACUAGCCUGAUCCGUGUAUUAUCCUGAUAGUUGUAAAUUAAGAGUGAUAUUCAAUAAAGUAGAGUGGUUGAUUGGUUGGUGAAAAGUUUUAGUGUUGUAAGUGAAAGUUGCUGGUGGUUAAAAUGGGUGACGACAUUGACAUUGAUUUACUGAUGAAUUGCACGAUGUUGGCGGUAAAUCGGUUUGCAUUGGAAAGUAUCGUCAAUUCGACUGAUUUAACUUCGUUGAAUCGUACGGAGCUGGUGAAUUUUUUAACGGAGAUCAUAUCAAGUCAGGACUAUGAGGGUACUAUCAAUACCAUAAGAGAAUUCAUGACGGAAUGCCUCUUUCCAUCACCAACUCGGCCUUACGAAUUGCCAUGGGAGCAGAAAACAAUAUGGGGCGUGAUUUUUGGCGCAAUGCUUUUCAUCGCCAUCUCUGGAAACGUUAUAGUCCUUUGGAUUAUCGUGGGUCAUAAAAGUAUGCGAAGUAUCACCAACUAUUUUCUACUGAACCUAAGCAUAGCCGACCUACUGAUGUCAGCGCUGAAUUGCAUUUUCAAUUUCAUUUUUAUGCUGAAUUCAGACUGGCCUUUCGGCUCAUUAUAUUGCACUAUAAAUAAUUUCAUGGCGAACGUAACGGUUUCAACGUCGGUUUUCACUUUAGUAGCUAUCUCUUUCGACAGAUACAUAGCCAUAGUGUACCCUUUGAAAAGAAGGGCGUCAAGACGGAAAGUACGCAUGAUUCUUCUGUUAGUUUGGCUCUUCAGUUGCAUGCUGGCGGCACCCUGUCUCCUGUAUUCCGCAACUAUGACAAAAACAUACUACAAUGGAAAGCAGCGUCGAGUGUGCUUCAUGAUGUGGCCAGACGGACGAUACCCCACAUCGAAAUCCGAUUAUAUCUAUAAUAUAAUUAUCUUGAUCCUGACGUAUGGGGUGCCUAUGCUGGUAAUGUUAGUUUGCUACUCUCUAAUGGGGCGCGUUCUAUGGGGAAGCAAAUCAAUAGGUGAGAACACGGAGCGGCAAAUUGAGUCAAUGAAAUCGAAAAAGAAGGUGGUGAGAAUGUUUAUUGUGAUCGUGUCAAUAUUUGCGAUUUGUUGGCUCCCGUAUCAUAUGUUCUUCAUUUACGCAUAUCACAACAAUAAAGUCACGUCCGCGAAAUAUGUACAGCAUAUGUAUCUGGGAUUCUACUGGCUCGCUAUGUCCAACGCUAUGGUCAACCCAAUUAUUUACUAUUGGAUGAAUAGAAGGUUUCGAAUCUACUUCCAGCGGGCGAUUUGCUGUCUGUGUUUCAAUUCAAUGAAGCCAUCAUCGCUUCGGAACGAUUCACCAAGUACGAUACUCCGUCAUAAAAGUGUAGCUAUAAGACAGCAUAAAGAUUCAGGUCUGCACUAUGACAAUAAAGUGAGGUGGAAUCGAAGUACAAUUGAAACGCAAAUUCAAAAUGGCAACUGCACUGUAAACGAAGAGGUCGUCAGGAUUUCCAUUCAACAGGACUCCAACGAAAAAAGCACCAGUCAAUCAACGGGAAUAAGAUCCAAAUUCAAUAAUUUGAGUGAAGUGAAAAUCUAUUCGUCGGGUAAGAAUCACCACAAGGCGUCGGAGCUGAUAGUUUCCUGACAUAGUUAUUAAAAUGUGGUGUAUCAUUAAUUGCGUUGUAUUUACAAAUAUGGAGUUUCUGUAAUAUACCGUAAUUCUAAUUGU